CCAGACCCGGUAAGUGGAUGCAAGUCGGCGUCGCCCUUAGACUUUCAUCGUGUUGCACAGUAUCCCAUGAAUACUAGAAAAUCAUACACUCUGUAUAGUACUCGUCAGACUCCAGACAGUACAAUUCUUCUCCAGUCUACUCGAUAUCGUGAGGCGGAGCACAUCAUCAUGUUGGAGUCCAGAAGAACAAAUCAUUCUUCUCAUGAAGAUAUAGAUUACCUUCUCGCUAUGGAUGUGUCUCUACCCGGUUUCAGAUCAUGGAGGCAUGUGGCAGAUUUGACGUACGCGGGCCUAGAGGCAAAGUGCCUCCGGAGUAGGUUGUCCAUGCCGUCUCUUGCUGUAUCCCCCGACAGAAGAGACCUGGUUAUCUAUGACUUUGGGCCCUCGUCGGAAUGUAACGUGAUGUUUGUGUGGAGGGAUAUGCAAUUGCAAAGAGUCCAAACACCUGAUAUGACUACAAGCAGUGGAAGGUACUUGCAAUCUAUAGUUACAAUGGCUGAUGAUCGACCAAACAUGUAUCGUGUCUUCGCGUAUGGGGGCCUUCUGUGCAGUGCCGCACUUCCCGAAUCGAUCUCUGAAGCGGUCCGCUCCUAUGGUUCGGAAGCCGUUUGGGCGAAGUUGGGCAAGUCCUGUAAAGUGUGCUCUGGCCUUCGAUACAUGCGCAUUCGAAGCAGCAGGGGAGUGAUACAUGGCACGCGAUGGGAAGUCCUGCAAGUGGCGCAGUCUGAAUAUAGCCCUGGUCCGCUUGUCCUGCCAUCACUUCUUGCCUUCAACGGCACACUGCUGGCGUUCGGGGGAAUGCAUGGGUACAGUGUUUCAGUUCCUGGUAAGACAACAACUGAUACAAGUCACUGUGCUUUCUGGAUCUACCAUGUUCAGGAUCGCAUCUGGAUUCCGCAGCAAAGCAACCUCACAACCAUGUGUUCCAUAGCAGAAAUAAAUAAGUUUACACCAGGCUUGGAGAUGUGCCACACCCAUCCGCAUGCUGUCCGGUUUGCAAACGGCCCUAAAAUUCUCCUGCACUAUUCUGAUUGUUUUCAGCGCGUUGCAGAUAUUUGCAGUGUAGAAACAGGUAGCCAGCCAAGCGUCGUAUCCUGUCGCCGAGUCCUCAACCAGAUGUCGAAGAUAGAUGCACUUUUGCGUGUCACUGAGUGGAAGUACUACCAGAGAACAAGAUCACCUCAAGUUGUGGGCAGUCUAGGGGGCGCUUUUUACGGCACACCUACAAGAGAUUGGUCGCUCACGGCUGGAUCCGUGUAUACGAUUCCGGCCUCAAGCCCUUCGGUCUCCGGCAAUAAUUACGCGGAAGAAGUGAUAUACGACUCAUCUCUGCCAGCCUACCCGCUGCCGGGCCAGUUCGGAUGCGAGUCGAUUAACCCUGUAAUGCAAAUGUGGAACGGAUAUGAAAGAGUUCUCUUCUUUUUUGGAGCAUCAUACAGCACGUACACAGGGGAAGCGUGGCACUAUAAGAAUAUGGAACAUUACGAUACCAUGUACUGGAUCUUGGACACAGGAACGAAUGAGUACGAGACAAGAGCAAUGGCGCAGUGCACGAAACGUCCCAUGAUGAUAAGCCCUGCUUCCACCGCCACGAAGCUGUCCAAUGACGUGGUCGUCUUGUUCGGAGUAGGUCAUGACAAUACAGACUACAGACCCGAAAGCAUCACUUUGUGCAUCAACAUUCUGAAUUUCACUUGUGUCCAAUUUGAAAAUACUGGUACAGAGCAGCCUUCAAUUCGCUAUGGACACGUCGCUAUCCAGAUCGACGACAUGCACUUGUUGAUUUAUGGAGGCGCGGAAAAGAACACAGCACGGUCGUUAUCCGAUAUCUGGGUGCUGCUGUUUGAGGAUCUUGGGAGAUGCAGAGGUGCGUGGAAGAGGCUUGAAUCCCCCCGGAGCCUUCUUGGGCCAGAACUGCCGUCCCUUACAACGGGUCGAGCGACGCGAGUCAACAAUCUUCAUUUCGUGAUUUCCACCUUCGGAUCUCAAUGCUAUGAUCACAUAUUGGCAUUAGAUACAUCUGAUUUCAACAACACCGGUAUUGUCAAGACCCAUCAUAUUCCCGUAACGGGGGCUACGCCAUGUCCACUAAUAACAGGAGGCGCGGACCUUGUUCAGUACAACGAGAACGGUCUCUUGGUAUUCGGUGGAGAGGGGAAGUGGAUAUCGCGAGCUCAACUUAUUCUUCUGAAUUUCUCUAACCUACAAGCACCAGCCAAAGUGAUGCCCUUCGCCUUUCAGGGAGAGCAAACUGAAUUAAACGGGCACCACAUAGUGAGAGGAGAACACCUGUAUGUAUUUUCGGGUAUUGAUAAAGGCGGCAAACGAGGGAACUAUCUAACAAUUCAGGAGGGUCUCUGUCCCCUUGGAUAUCAUCUGAACCGCAAAAGGAACUGUGAACCUUGUCCCAAAGGCUUCUUCGCUCCAGCUCUCCGUGGUGGAUGUCAACCCUGUCCAGAGUUCACAACAACUUUGGCGGAGGGCUCGGCUGCAUGCAUCACGUUAUCGCCGUGUCACGGUCAGGCUUGCAAUGGUCACGGGAUAUGUGUUGUGAAAGAAUUGAUUGCCAUGUGCCAGUGCGAUUUUGGGUAUGUGUCUCACGACAACUGUGGGUUUCCGCUUGUUAUCUCGGCCAUUGUGACUGCUGUCCUUCUUCUCCUAUUAGUCAUUGGCUUCGCUGUCCGAAAAUAUUACAAGAGAAGCCAGCAGCUCAAAGUCAAGGAGAUCGAACUGCGAGAUAAACACAAGAGCAUGCGACUGUAUCAGAAGAAGCUAGAUCAGAUCAACAAGGGAGCCAGAAUACAGUGGUCAUCCCUGCACUGCACCAAGAAACUGGCCAGAGGUGCAUUCUCGCAAGUGUGGCUAGCAGAGUUCAGCGACAUGUUAGUAGCUGUGAAAGUCCUUCCUAAGUUCACUGGUAGAAACAUUACGCAGACUGAUCAGUUUGUCCAAGAAGCUGAAGUCCUGCGUUCAAUUCGUCAUCCAAAUAUUGUCAUCUUUCUAGGAGCCGGCAAUGAUCACUCGAGUAAACGACCGUUUCUCGUCAUGGAGUACUUGCGGCGGGGCUCGCUCUAUCACGUGCUCCACGACAGAGACAAUGUAUUCACACAUCACGAUCGCUUGAGGUUUGCCCUGGACACGGCCCGCGGCAUGGCGUACCUGCACGGCUCCAACCCGCCACGUCUGCACAGAGACCUGAAGUCGCCCAACCUUCUUGUCAGCGAUAAGUGGGUGGUGAAAAUCGGAGACCUGGGUACGUCACGGUUCAUGGCCAUCCUAGAUGAGGAGAACUCAGCGGGAGGAAUAGCCACGACCAACCCGCAAUCCUCCCAGACGGAAAUCUCGGCCAUCCAACCCAAGAUAUCCAAUCCUGCCGACACCAGCGGACCGACUGCUGGAGCACCCCUCAGAAGACGCGAUUUCCAGUGCACAUUAACAUUAUCAGAAAGUCUGGAGACCAGCCUGUCCACACCUCUGCUCACGGAUGUCUCUACAAGGCAUGGUGAGACGUACCAGCAUUACUCAGCAUCUGUGAUGACUCGUGGAGUCGGCACUCUGCGCUGGAAAUCACCGGAGACGGUCCGUGGCGAACACUACAACGAGAAGGCGGACGUUUACAGCUAUGGUGUUGUCGUGUGGGAGAUCUUUACCAGAGAAACUCCCUAUGGACAUUUGAAGCGAAGUGGUGACGUGGAGAAGGCCAUCGAGAAGGGCCACCAGCUGCCUCUUGUUCCUGGAAUGCCGUACGACUACCGGCAUCUGGUCGAGGCCUGCUUGAGACCAGAGGCAGCGGCCCGUCCGUGCUUCAAGGAAAUAGUUCACGAUCUGGAGGUCCAACAAGAGAAUGCUUGAUGCGCGUGUUCUGUUCGCGUGUGGCCCCUGUUGACCGCUGUUGCAAUUGAUUAUUUCAAUAGUACAUACAUGUUCAUAUUUGAUUGAUAUUGGAGAACAGUAAAUGCCUGCUAUACACAUGUACAUGUACACUGGUGUGAAUUCCAGCAGAAAUCCAAGAGAGCUCGAUACCGGGAAGGUAGAGCCGUGACACACUGGUCAGAACAACAGAUGGCUUGAUCAGUCCCAACGUAAAGUUUCAUGCCAUCUCAGGCACUCAUCAGGUGAUAUGAACAUCAAGAAAAAUAACCCACUAUCUUAGUACCGCGAUCCUUACUGGCAAUGACACUGUAUCGGAUAUGAGUUGACAGCGCCCCUAGAGCUUUCUGUUAUCCUUGACCCGCCAUACUGGGCUUUAGAUAGUGGGUUAUUUUUCUUGAUCUUCAUAUCACCUGAUGAGUGCCUAAGAUGGCAUGAAACUUUAAGUUGUGACUGAUCAAGCCAUCUGUUGUUCUGACUAGCAUGUACAUGUACAUGUAUAAUGAUGCUAUUGCAGUUGCCAAAAUUUCCUUCUAUUUCGUGCAUGUUUAUUGUGUACUCUCAUGAGUAGAGGUUUUUUUUGGUAAUAAACAUAAAAUUAAUUAUCUUCGUAGUUCAAUUAAUGUGCCUGGAUUCCACGCGCCUGACAGGCAACAUGGCGUUCGGAGUUUGAGCCGCUGUCUGCUUGGUUAGGUACCACACUUAAGCAUACAUGUGUUUACCGAGCACGGCUAGCCUAUAACAAAUGCUGUCACUGGUUUCAGUUCUGAUGGAAGCAGGCAUUUGUCUUCACAUGUUCCUCCCUUUUCAACUCCCUCCUGACUGACUAAUUCCACCUCCGUUUUGUAAUCCUUCCAAAUUUAGUGCGCCGUCAGUUCUUUGAAUACUACUACAUUGACAUUUUGAGAUGAAGCCUUCUUUUCAUUCUACAGGGAAUUAACAUGUAUACUUGAAGCAUGCUGGAAUCCCUUCGAAUAUACAUCCAGCCAUACAUGUAUUGAUCUUCCGAUUCCGUUCUUUUCAUCCAUGUGACAAUGUCCACACUAACUACCAUGCGUUUUCAAGGUCUUCUGUUUUCUCACUUUGGCUUAUGUCGACUGCUCUAUUCGCCUCAUGUUCAUACUUUCCCUCUCA